CUUCAGAAAUGUGAAUGGUUUUUCAUUGCGAUUUUACGUUGAGUUUUGAAUAGUUUUUAGUUAUCCAACGACAAUGCCGCGGCGCGACGAGCCCAAUAUGAGCGACACCACGCUCCUGGUGAGCGUGGAGGAUCUGAUCAACAUGGCCAUGGGGCCUAGCGAUAAAAACGUGGUCAACUUCAAGUUGAUUCAGACUGUGCUGCACAUCCUAGCGCGCCAGAUGCGGAUGCUGGAGCAACGCGUCGAGAUCCGCAUCACCGACGCGAGAGAAUCGUCCCCCAAACGGAAGAUGGACGAGAUCAAGGAGGAACGCAAGAGCAGAUCACCAGAGAAGCGAGUUUCUAAGGAUAGAGCGGCAAAAAGAGAGGUUGAAAAACUCGAGAAAGCAGCUCUUAAAGAGAAAGAAAAGGCAGAGCGCGCUGCCUCCAAGGACCGCGAGCGAGCGGACCGAGCUGUGUCUAAAGAGAGGGAAAAAGCGGAGAAAGCGGCCGCAAAGGAGCGUGAUAAAGCGGACAGAGCUGCUUCGAAAGAAAGGGACAAAGCCGAUAGAGCUGAAUCUAAGGAACGAGAGAAGGCUGAGAAGGCAGCUGCCAAAGAAAAAGAGAAAGCUGAAAGGGCUGCAUCUAAGGAACGGGAUAAAGCAGAUAGAGCCUCAUCUAAAGAGAGAGAUAAGGCUGAUAAGACUCAGGUUCAUUGCAGCAAUUGCUUAACAUUUCUUUAAUAAAUAAAAUGUUUUAAUGAGCAUUUGCUGUAAAAACACAUCUCGUAGGAAU